UUAUCCCGCAUUUCCAAGAAUAAAAAAAAAGUGUAAAUAAAAAUAAACAAAUGUGGUAUCGCCGCGUGCAGAAAUGUCCAAAUUAUAAAAAUAUGCCGCUUUUUAAACCGCACAUUCAAUGGCGUACGCGCAAAAAUAUUCAAAAAUCCAAAAUAGCUCAUUUUUGAUCACUUUUUAUGCCACAAAAAAGUUCAAAACUUCAGAUCACAGCGCAAAAAAUGAGCCCUCAUAGCGCUCUGAACACAGAUUUUUAAACGUAUACAUUUUCCUGCAUGUAUUCAUGAUUUUUUUCUGAAGUGAUACAAAAUCAAACCUAUAUAAGUAGGGUAUCAUUUUAACCGUAUGGAUCUACAGAAUAAAGAUAAGGUGUAAUUUUUGCAGAAAAAUGUACUGCGUAAAAACGGAAGCCCCCAAAACUUACAAAUAGUGUUUUUUCAUCAAUUUUGUCGCACAUUGAUUUUUUUUUCCUGUUUCACCGUAGAUUUUUGGGUAACAUGACUAAUGUCAUUACAAAGUAGAAUUAGUGACGCAAAAAAUAAGCCAUCAUACAGAACAGUGUUUUUGCCUAUCAUUCUGCACUCAAUACCUCAUAAUGAGAAUGUGGAAUAUUUUUUAGAAAGAAACAAUUAUGUUGCUAUGACACUUGAAGUUUAGUUCUGGGGCCUCCCAUUUUUAUGAACAUCUCUGACAUGUUUCUACAUCUUGAUUGGAGUCACCUGUGGUAAAUUCAGGUGAUUGGACAUGAUUUGGAUAGACCCUGUCUAUAUAAAGUCUUACAGCUGACAUUUAAUGCGUAGCAGAGCAAAACCAAGCCAGAAAGAAUUGCCUGCAGAGCUCAAAGACAGGCUAUAGAUCUGACACCUCUGUCCAUGUCAGGAACUGUCCAGACCAGAGAGGUUUGCUAUGGGGAUUUGCUCCAACUCUGGACAGUUCCUGACAUGGACAGAGGUGUCAGCAGAGAGCACUGUGGUCAGAUAGAAAAGAAAUUCAAAAAGAAAAUAACUUCCUCUGUUUUUUUCUGAAGUGAUACAAAAUCAAACCUAUACAAGUAGGGUAUCAUUUUAACCGUAUGGACCUACAGGUUGCUAAGUAUCUUAUCAUUGACAACCCGGUCAUCCCCAUAUUUCAUUCCCUUCCUAAAGUACUUAAGGUGGUGUUUCCUCCUCCACUCAGGCCCAUAGUCGCUGGCAUUUCCUCAUUAAAUGAGCGGCUAUGCGCCUGGGUGGACUCACUCCUUCAACCCCUUAUUCCACACAUCCGGGCCACAUUAAGGACACUAAACACCUGCUAGAUAUGAUGCAUGGGGUUACGUGGGGAGAGUCACAUUGUUGGGUGUCGGCGGAUGUCACAUCCUUAUGUUCUGCCAUCUCCCACGACAGGGCACUUGUUGCCCUUUCGUGGUUUUUGAGAAUUUACUCCCGUUACCCUGAGGAAUUAUGUGAAUAUAUUUUGGUAGUGGUUGAGUAUUUGCUGAGCCACAAUUUUUUUUAUGUUUAACAAUUCCUUUUUCCUCCAGGUCACAGGAGCUUCGAUGGGGGCGAAAUUCUCCCCCUCUCUCGCCAACAUAUAUAUGUGUUGGUGGGAGAGGGAGAUUCUUUUCGCCCCCUGCAACCCCUACAGCGAACAUCUGCUGUGGUAUGGCAGCUACAUCAACGACCUCCUAUUUAUUUGGGGGUCCGAUGUGGCGGCCGUACCGGGGUUCAUGGAAUUUCUCAAUUCCAAUGAUCUCAAUCACAGAUUCACGGGCAGUUACCAUCAUGAUGAAUUUGAUUUUCUUGAUUUACAUUUGCGGGGUGACAGGGGUAGUUACAGGGUUAUAUCUACAACAUUUAGAAAAAAGACCUCUGUAAAUUCUAUUCUCCACGCUACCUCCUGUCACCCCCCUCAUGUCGUCAAAAAUCUUCCAGUCGGGGAAAUGAUCCGGGCAUGCCGUAAUUGCUCCCUCGAGCCUGAUUUUUCUAGGGAAGCGGUUGCCGUUGGCAACCGCUUGCGGCAGCGCGGAUACCCGAACCUGACGAUUAUGAGAGCUAUCAAGAUAGCAGCUGAAAAGAAUCGUAAUGAAUUGAUCAAAACUCAAAAUACUAAAUCCUUAUCCGAUGAGACUUCUAAACCUAUAAUCUUUUCUACCCAGUACUACAGUACGGAAUUUCGAUCGGUUCAGAAAAUCAUUGAUAAACACAUGCCAAUUUUGCAUACCGAUCCCGGGGUGAGGGAAGCCCUUGAAUCGGGAUACAUGUGUGUAUCACGCAGGGCCCCUACCCUCGGUCAGAUGUUGUCACCUAGUCUGUUUACUGAUGGUCCUACUAAGAAACCAACCUGGCUCAAACAUACGGGCUCUUACAAAUGUUGUGCCAAUAGAUGUGUGUGCUGCAGUUAUAUACAUAACUCUAAUACAUUUGUUUCUUGUAGUAAUAAGGACAGCUUUGUCAUUAAACAGUAUAUUAACUGCAGCACAUCGGGGGUAAUCUACCUUUUCACAUGCCAUGACUGCAACCUUCAAUAUAUAGGAUGCACCACAAAUCCUUUGAAGAUAACGUUCCCUGAGUCAAGUGCUGGACGAAUUUUCUUCUCACAUUUACCUGCCGGGGCGGAGUCCACGUGCACUGCAUGCGAGGGUGAGCUGAUACGAACUUUGCUAACUUCCUCUGUAGUAUGCAGCAGCUGAUAAGUACUGGAAAGAUUAAGAUUUUUAAAUAGAAGUAAUUUACAAAUCUUUUUAACUUACUGCUACCAGUGGAUGUGAAAAAAAUUGUUUUUCACCGGUGUACUCCUUUAAGAUCUUGCCAUAGGCAGACUGUAAAGGUAGAUUGUCAGAAUGACAGUACACUGAUAUACAUAUGUAAAAGUGUAGCAAAUUAACAAGUUCCUAAAAAGGAUUUAAAAGUAAAAAAAAAAUAAUAUAUAUAUAUAUAUAUAAAUAAAUGGCAUCACUGUACCGAGAUAUCUAAACUGUUAAAAUAUAAGGUUAUUUGUCCCGUAAUUAUGUUUAAAACUGUAGCUCUAGGUUCUAUAGUUUUGUAAUAUACAUUUCUUAAUGAAAUGCAAGCUCUCCUGCACUUUUGUGUCUGUGUGUACCUGGCUGGAAACUCUGUAGUCCAGUGAGCAUCGAUAUGCACUUACUGAUCCCCCUCCUGUUCAUGUUGAGAAGCAGGAGAACAAAGGGGUUUAUUUUGCAUAUUUCUUAGUGUUUUUAAGCUGCACCCCUUUGACCAGCCAGAGGUGUGCAGGUCAAGAAGCCAUUAAAGGGGCCAUGGAGAGUAUAUUGUACGCUUGUUUAAAGCUUUCACAUAUGACACCUUAUAUUAAAAAACCCACCCUGCAUGAUAUUUGCAGAUAUUUUACUGUAUGUGCCGGGUACAAAAUGUUCUGUAAAGUUACCAUGGAUACUGAAUCCUGUAAUAUAGCAAACUGUGUGCGGCAGGUGAGCAGUGCGAAUACCUGAACGCUUGUGU